AUGGCUGAAAAUGGUACAGACCAGCAGCAAUCCCCGUUCGACGAAACACUGGCCAAGACCCUUAAAUUCUUGCCCAUCAUUGCCCUCUCCGAUGGUGACCCGGUUUGGCUGGUCAUCUCUUUCGUUGUCGUCCUGGUGUUUAACCUCCUCAUCCCGGUGUUGAUCAUUAUCAUUCCGGUGUUAAUCAUCUUAAGCCCGGUGUUUAUCAUCCUGGUGUUUAUCCUCCUCAUCCCGGUGUUGAUAUACCGUUAUGUCACCGGAAAACACCCGAUUUGGGGGGACCACGUAGACGAGGUUCGCAAGAAGAUUGUUGAGGCGGUGGAGAAGUUGGGGAAGGAGGUGAAGGACAAGAUGGAGGAGUUGGUAGCGAAUCUCGGCGGCGGCGGUGGUGGUAGCAUUGGCCGCGACUGA